UUUUUUUUUUUUUGAUUUGACAAAUGUCUGCUGUGAAACAGUUCAUUCUGAGCACCGGAGCGACAAUCCCAGCAAUCGGCUUUGGCACCUGGCGCGCAUCGCCGGGCGAGGCAGGCGAAGCAGUCAAGCGCGCGCUCGAGGCAGGCUACCGCCACAUUGACUGCGCUGCGUUCUACGGAAACGAGGCGGAAAUCGGAGCCACGGCGUUCGCCCCGCUCUUCCAAUCCGGCAAGAUUGCUCGCAAAGACGUCUUUGUCACAAGCAAGCUCUGGAACACGGAACACGAUCCCAAGGACGUUCGCCCCGCUCUGAUCAAGACGCUGGCGGACUUGCAGUUGGACUACCUCGACUUGUAUCUCAUGCACUGGCCGGUUGCGCUCCAACGUGGCGCCAUUCGCGAUGCUGACGGCAACCUGCUGGAUCUCCCAAUUCCGCUCGCCGAUACUUGGCGCGCAAUGGAACAACUGUACGACGAGGGGCUUGUCAAGGCCAUCGGAGUGUCCAACUUUACCAGCGUCAAGAUUGACAAGCUGCUGACCACGGCUCGCGUCGCUCCCGUUGUCAAUCAAGUGGAGAUUUCUCCCUACCUGCAGCAGCGCAAACUUGUCGCGUACUGCGAAGGCAAGGGCAUCCAUGUGACUGGCUAUGCAACCCUUGGCUCGGGUCAGACCCCGCGUGCUCUGGAUGACCCUAUCAUUGGCCAGAUUGCUGCCAAGCAUAACGUGUCGGCUGCUCAGGUGAUGAUCAACUGGUGCGCAUACGUCAACAACUGCUCGGUGAUUCCCAAGUCGACCAACCCCGAGCGCAUCCAAGCCAACUUCAACUCGAAGGACGUCAAGUUGGAUGCGAGUGACAUUGCCACCCUCCAGUCUCUCGAUCGUGGGCUGCGUCUCUUCCCUGGCAAGGGCUUCUGGCGCAAAGGCGAGACGGCUGAUGAGUUCUGGGAUGGUUUUGGCAACGGCGAGUGAAAAGUAACAUUGCGACGAUCAAACAUCAAACAAGCGGAAACAAAAAUCCAAGCAAGCUCGGCUGCUUUUUUCGCUGUUGUUUGUGGUGUCAAUUCCUUUUUUGCUUUCUUGAGUGAAUGAGUUAGUGAAUGAGUUUGACUUUUUGUCCAAAAUCUUCGAACAAUCCAUACAAAAAUCCUUGCAAAA